AUGGAGAAGGACAUAGGAAAGCGCAAAAAUAAGCAAUCUUCAAAUCCAAUAACCCUAGAACAAUUCGUCUCCAUUAUGGCUCCUUUAAUCGACAUGGAAAAAGAAGCUGAGAUAUCGGCUUCAAUGAGCUCGGGGAGGAGUUUGGAUACUGCUCAAAAGAAGGGAUCCACUAUUCUUAAUUUGAAGUGUGUAGAUGCUCAGGUAGGGUUGAUGGGCAAGUCUCUUCUGGAGUUUCAAUCUAAUAAAGGGGACGUGCUUCCUCCUCACAAGUUUGGAAAUCAUGACGUCGUGGUUCUAAAACCAAAUAAGGCUGAUUUGGGGUCCCCUCCCCUUGGACAGGGUAUUGUUUAUCGAAUAAAGGACUCGUCUAUUACUGUUGCUUUUGAUGAUGUCCCAGAAGAGGGUUUGAAUAUUCCAUUACGCCUUGAGAAAGUGGCAAAUGAGGUGACAUAUCGUCGGAUGAAAGAUACUUUGAUAGAGUUAAGUAAAGGUGUGCAGAAGGGUCCUGCUGCUGACCUUGUUCCUGUCUUGUUUGGAGAGAGAAAGCCGACAGUGUCCAAAAAGGAUAUCAAGUUCACCCCUUUGAAUUCCAACCUAGAUCAUUCACAGAAAGAUGCCAUUUCAAAGGCCCUGUCAUCCAAGGACCUCUUUUUGCUGCAUGGACCUCCUGGAACUGGAAAGACUACAACUGUGGUAGAAAUUAUCUUGCAAGAAGUAAAACGUGGAUCGAAAGUUCUGGCUUGUGCAGCUUCAAAUAUUGCGGUAGAUAACAUCGUUGAGAGACUCGUGCCUUAUAGAGUAAAGCUGGUAAGAGUGGGACAUCCUGCACGUUUACUUCCUCAAGUACUUGACAGCGCUCUUGAUGCACAGGUUUUACGUGGGGAUAAUAGUGCUCUUGCAAAUGACAUCCGCAAGGAGAUGAAGGCAUUGAAUGGGAAACUGUUAAAAGCGAAAGACAGAAGUACUAAGAGAGAGAUUAGGAGAGAGCUUAAGACUCUUUCCAAAGAAGAGCGUAAAAGGCAGCAGCUGGCUGUGACGGAUGUGAUUAAGAAUGCAGAUGUGGUGUUGACAACGUUGACAGGUGCAUUGUCUAAGAAAUUGGAAGGCUUUUCGUUUGAUUUGGUUAUUAUUGAUGAAGCUGCCCAGGCACUUGAAAUAGUCUGCUGGAUUGCUUUAUUGAAGGGCCCAAGGUGUAUACUAGUCGGCGAUCACCUCCAGCUUCCUCCAACUAUUCAAAGUGUUGAAGCUGAGAAGAAAGGAUUAGGAAAAACCCUCUUUGAACGCCUCACGGACUUGUAUGGAGAUGAAGUCACGUCUAUGCUUACUGUUCAGUACCGCAUGCAUGAGCUUAUCAUGAACUGGUCGUCUGAUGAACUCUAUGACAGUAAGAUUAAAGCCCAUUCAAGUGUUGCCGCUCAUGCGUUAUAUGACAUUGAGGAUGUAAAGAAGACAUCUUCAACAGAGCCAACACUUCUUCUCAUUGACACAGCUGGUUGUGACAUGGACGAGAAGAAAGAUGAGGAAGAUAGCACAUUGAAUGAGGGUGAAGCGGCGGUCGCUAUUUCACAUGCUAAGAGACUUGUGGACAGUGGAGUCAAUGCUUCCGAUAUAGGUAUCAUAACACCUUACGCAGCACAGGUUGUGUUACUGAAGAUGUUGAGAAGCAAUGAAAACAAGCUAAAAGAUAUGGAAAUCUCAACAGUCGAUGGCUUCCAAGGCCGAGAGAAGGAAGCAAUUAUCAUUUCAAUGGUGCGGUCGAACUCAAAGAAAGAGGUGGGAUUUUUAAGCGAUCACAGGAGAAUGAAUGUUGCUGUAACACGAGCAAGGAGACAAUGUUGUAUCGUCUGCGACACCGACACAGUUAGUAGUGAUAAAUUCUUGAAGCGUUUAAUAGAGUACUUCGAGGAACGCGGCGAAUAUUUGAGUGCUUCAGAGUAUGCAGCUGGUCUUGCUCUUCUCUUCUUCAUAUUACUGUUAACCGUUGGAUUUCAGAAAUAA